AUGCAGAUUUGGAGACCGCUUACUGCCACCUUUUAUUUCCCUGUGGGUCCAGGAACUGGAUUUCUUUAUUUGGUCAAUUUAUAUUUCCUAUAUCAAUAUUCUACACGACUUGAAUCAGGAGCUUUUGAUGGAAGGCCAGCAGACUAUUUAUUUAUGCUUCUCUUUAACUGGAUUUGCAUCGUGAUUACUGGCUUAGCAAUGGAUAUGCAGUUGCUGAUGAUUCCUCUGAUCAUGUCAGUACUGUAUGUCUGGGCCCAGCUGAACAGAGACAUGAUUGUAUCAUUUUGGUUUGGAACACGAUUUAAGGCCUGUUAUUUGCCUUGGGUUAUUCUUGGAUUCAACUAUAUCAUUGGAGGCUCGGUAAUCAAUGAGCUAAUUGGAAAUCUUGUUGGACAUCUAUAUUUCUUCCUAAUGUUCAGAUACCCAAUGGACUUGGGUGGAAGGAAUUUUCUGUCUACACCUCAGUUUUUAUACCGCUGGCUGCCCAGCAGGAGAGGCGGAGUGUCAGGAUUCGGUGUACCCCCUGCUAGCAUGAGACGGGCUGCCGAUCAGGAUGGAGGCAGGAGACACAACUGGGGCCAGGGCUUUCGGCUUGGAGACCAGUGAGGAGCAGCCUCUGGCCUGCCUGCCAGGCGCGCCACGCCGUCGGCCAUGGUUCCUCCCAGUGCUGGGUUGCCUAGCGACCGAGUCCUCCUGACACUCUUGGACCUGACCCACACUGAAUGUAGUCUUUCAGUAUGAGACAAAAAUCCUUUUAAGUCCUGAAGGAAAAUACAAGUGUUCCUCAAGUUUCAUGAUUCUCAUUCAAGUCCUUACUGCUAUGAAGAACAAAUAUCAAUCAUCCAAAUUUCAAAACUGACUCUUUUUUUGGUGUUUCCUCCUCUUCCCUUUCCAUCUGAAUAAUGGGUUUUUAGCAAUUCCUCAUCUGCUGUCACCCAGCUGGGCAUCUGGGCUUGGGUUACCAAAGCCUGUUGACGGAGUCUUCCCUCUUCCUGUACACAUGCCUCCUUCCUUUUCCCAGCUUCCAGAGAUACGCCUAGGGGGAGGUGCCCAUCAAAUAGUUCUGUCUUUGACAAACUCAUAUUUAUUGACUUGCCAAAGCUUGCUCACAGAGAACAUACACAGUUGCUUUCCUGUUUAGUGGCAGAACGGUAGCAGGGGAGAAGACUGAAGCACUUGUGUCUACCUGACUGCGGUUGCUACCAUUUGCCACCUCGUCAGAUGUUUUUAUAAAAAGAAGCACCAUUUUGUUAGUGAGUGCCUGGUCAGUCAUUGAUGAGAUCCAAGGGUUGUUGUUAGCCUUUUUUUUUUCCCCUCCCUGAAUGAUGGAAACUAGUAGAGUUGCUUUUGAAGCAGAGGUUAGGUUGAAACCGGGUGGACAUGACCCGUCAGUGCUUCCUGGGCAGAGCACACUGGCUUGUGUACCCAGAGGAAUUGUAUUGUAUUUGGAGAUAACUGAGAUCACAUUGGCCCCAGAGAGAGGCUUCUGGCAUGGAUUCGCGCUCACUCCCGUUCAUGGAUGUGUGUUCACUUUUGUAGGUGGAGGGAAGAACCUCAGGCCUGAUUGAAAUUGAUUUUUCCCUUACGCCCACCCUUUACCCUUUUUUUUUUGUCAAGCAUUAAUUGUGAGGGAAGUACAGUUCUUUUAUAUGUGGCUGAGUUUUUAAAGCUAAUCUCAGCACAUCUGAAUGAAUCACACAUAAUUGGGGGUUGUAAUGGCUUUAGAAUCAUUUGCGUCUAAAGGUCUCUUCUAAUUUUGAGUCACGAAUGUACAUGCUUUGCAAAUCGGACCAGCUUGAAUACCUACAACUCCCUUUUCAUAGAUGGACUCUUUCCAUCAGAACUCAGCUCAUCACCAAAUAAGAUUAUCUGAAGGCUACAGUGUUUCAUACAGUUACUUUAUGCUCCAUCUGAAAGCAGACUGCUGGGAGCAGUUGGGAGUGGCUAUCAUACUUGAGUAGGUCGUGAACAUUUUGGUCAUUUCUUUUUCAGGAAUUGUGCUCUAACAGUAUGACUGGCCUUUCCCCUUUAUUAAACUGUGAUGUGUGUUACUCUGGGAAAUGGGAGUUUGGAAAGAGCUUCUCACCUUUAAUAAAGUUUGUGUGAACCUCUUCAUAUUUAAUUUGUAUGGCAAAAUAGGAGGUGAGGAUUGUCUGAACCUAAAUUGUCAUGUUCCCCUAUUGACCUGUGGCUUUAAUAAAAUGUACUUAUAAAAUUCUA